AUGGAUGAUAAUACAAAUACAAAUACAAAAGAAAAGGAGUCCAGCAAUAGCAAAAGAAAUAGUUUUAUUAAUAGCAUUAAGAAUCCUCGAAAUAGUAUCGUGGUGGACGAUCCACAAGACACCCAAGAUCAUGAAAAGUUAAGUAAAUUGUAUAAAGAUUUAAAAGAAAAAAUGGAAAAAACUGAAUCAGAAAAAUUCAAAGUUGAAACCCGUAACCAAGAUUUAUUAAAAGAAGUUGAAAAAUUAAAAAAUGAAGAUCAUCCUGCGAAAUCACGUGACGUUCAAACUUCUGACGACUCUUCUGAACUUGAGCAACAAUUACAACAAUUAAGAGAUGAAUUAAAACAAAAAGAUGAAACGAUUCAAAAACUUGAAUCAGACUUAAACAUCUCCAAACAAGAAAUCGGUAAAUUAUCUGAUAAUUCAAAGAGUGAAAAUCUUGAAUUUGAAAAAGUAAAGGCUGAACUUCAAGAUCAAAAAUCCUUGGUGGAGAAUUUAACCAAGGAACUUUCGGUUUGUAAACAGGAAGUUGAAAAGGUUAAAAAGGAUGCCCUGGAACAAACUCAGCAGUCAGUCGAAUCUGAAACUGAAAAAUCUCGUGUCGUCUUGGAAGUCAGUAAGCAUGAAAUAAACCAUCUUAAAUCUGAAUUGAAUCAACGUGAUUCCACCAUACAGCAAUUAAAAUCGGAUUUGACCGCUAGUAAAAAAGAGAAUGAAAAACUUUCGGAAUUUGAAAACAUUAAAUUAGCUUUAAAAUCUUCUCAACAAGAAUCUGAAAAUUUUAAAACUAAACUUGUUGAUCAAUCAGGUUUAAUUGAAAAGCUUCAAAAAGAAUCUCAACAAAGAAGUGAUGAUAAUGAAAGACUUGUUAAAGACCUUAACCUUGUCAAAGAAGAAGUUUCUAAAGUUAAACUUGAUAAUGAAAAUCAAAUUAAUCAAAUUCAAAUCGUUAAUAAUUUGAAUUCUGAUUUGAAAAGCCAAGUCGAGGAUUUAACUAAACAAGUUGAAGAUGCAAAGAAAGAAACUGAAGUCGCGAGAAAAGAAGCCGAAAAUGCAAGUAAGGAAGGCUCAGUUGAUAAAUCCGUUCAAGAUCAAUUAGAAAAAUUUGAAAAUGAAAAUCUUUCAAUGAAGUCUCAAAUUGAAAAACUCAAUGAAGAACUUACACAACGUGAUUCUACUUUGAAAUCAACAACUUCAGAAUUACAAAACGUUUCAGAGCAGUGUAAUGAAGCAUUACGUGAACUUGUUCUAACUAAAUCCGAAUUGCAAAGUGCACAAGAAUCCGUACGUAAUCAAGAUGAUUUAAAAAAUCAAAAUGCCGAUUUACGUUUACAACUUGAAACCAAAGAUGAUACGAUACGACAACAAAAAAUUCAAUUACUUGAUACGAUUCCAAAGGAUCAAUUUGACUCCUUACAAAAAGAUCUCGAACAAACUAAAUUGGAACUGGAUUCAAAAAUAAAUGAAUUACAAUCUACUAAAUCGGAAUUGGAAUUGAAAAGUCAAAUUUUAUCUUCGACUGAUACCUCCUCUUUGGAAGAGUUAAAAUCUCAAUUAUCUACCGCUAAAGCUCAAUUGAAUGCUAAUGAAUGGGAAAAGAAGCGAAGUGAACGUUCUAUCUUUGAAUUAAAAUCUCAAGUUGAUAAUUUAUCUCACAACAAAGAACAAUGUCAACAACUUGGUAUCGAAAACGCUAAACUACGACAACAACUCGAUCAAAUGAAUACUAAAGUCCGUAAUAUGGAUAAACUGAUGCAAGAUAAUGAGAGAUUAAGAUUCGAUAACGAGAAAUUAUUGGAAUCAUCGAGAAAAGCUCAUGAAUUAAAGAGUAAAGAAUCUUCUUCUUCUCCUUCACCUACAUCUCUAAAAUCCUCUCCAAAAUCCUCUCCAAAGUCAUUACCAAAGACAAAUGGUGUGGUAGAUUCUAAAUCGAAUGGUAUUGAAUUGACAAAACCUGAAUCUCCUCUUUUAGCUUCCUCUCCAACGAACACUAUAAGCAACAAAUCAAAACGUAAUAGUGUAGUACAAUCAAAUGGUGUCACAGCUACACCUAAAGCAAACUUUGAAUCAAGUGAAACUAACAAUAGUGGUAAUCAACCUAUACCAAGACCAAAGAAGGAUGACGGAAAUGGCGAAUGGUUCACUGUCAAGAAGAGAAACACGAAGGCAAGGAACAGCACG